UGAAGGCCUGGGCCCUAGUCAGUGGGCCCAAAGGACACUCCCACAGCUCAGUUGCUUUAGGGCAACAAUGCGAUUCAGAAGAUGGAGAAUCAUCUCUUUUCUCUGAAAAGCUUUAGUGCCUCAUGGCUGAGCCCGAGCCCCACUUCCUGGGUGGUGGACAUCACCCUGGGCCUGCUGUGUGGGCUGGGGCUCUUCCUCCUGUUACUGCCCUGCCUCAAGAGUGAUCCAUCCUCACCACCACCUGGGCAGAAAAGAAACAGCAGGAAGCAUCCAGUGGAGAAGAGCGGGAGGCCCAGGAGCAGGAAGAAGAGCUGUGCUCUGAGAGUUUGUAGAGACUGCCUGAGGGAACUGGAGGGGGCUCAGGACCUGACUUCACUUCUACAGAGCCACCUGGGCCAGCUCCCUGACAAGGGGGGCUUUCAUCAGCUUUCGUGUCCAGCCCCCCUGGAGGAGGUGAGCAAUCCAGCGCCUGCCAGCACCCACCGGCCCCAUGGGGAGAGUGUGGAAGAUGCUUCUCCUGCCACCUCCACCCGGUUGGCGUCCCUGGCCCAGUGCCCUCCACUUCUGGCUUCCACCCUGUCAGUCGAACCUCAAGGAGACCAGUCUGACAUGAAGAGAGUCCCCCCGGCCACGGUCCCAGAGAGCUCACCUCCAGGUUUGGCGCCUCCUGUCUGGGUCACUUCAGGCCUUGAAUGCACCAUCCUGUUCCUGUGCUGGUGGUGGGCGACUGCCAAGGCCCUGUUCUUCCCCACCUCGCAGGACAGCAAAUCCCACCAGCCACCAGAGGCUUGUUUCUGGGGAGACUCCACACACAGGCAGAGGGAGGCUGGCAGCCCUGCCUUCCUCCACCCCAACAUCCGGAAGCUCCUGGAGAUGCUCAUCACCAAGAGAGCAGAACUGACGCUGUGGGAGGAGAAAGAAAAGGAGGGGCCAUUUCUGAAACAAAUGAGGCCAGACUACCCCCAGGCUGCUCUGGGGAAUAGGUCAGUGUCACCUGUCCAGGAGUGGGACACCACAGCUACACACUGCUUCUGGAACAUGACAGACAAACUAGAGCAGCUGCCUGGCCCACAGCAGCUCCCCCAUCCCAAGGCCAUGGGGGACCAUUUCCAGCAGAAAUGCAGCCAGCUCUUUUGGGGCCUCCCCUCUCUGCACAGCGAGUCCCUGGUGGCUACUGCCUGGGUCCCUAGGACGUUUCCCUCAAAAUCACAUCUCUCUGUUUCAUUCAAAGAAGUCCCUAACUUUUUUCCAGCUAAAACUUGGGCUAAAGCACCUUCACAGCCUCCCCAGGCCCAGCUCUGGCCCGAGCAUGUGGCCCAGCCCCAACCUUUGACGCAAACCUUGCCCAAGCCCCUGCUCCCACCUGUGGAUGAGAUCCACACCCAGGCCCCUCUCCCAGCCUCUCCCCCGGACAUACCAUACUUCCCUCCACCCCCGCGUAGUAAAGGGGACCUUACAGGAGACUAUAGAACACUCUGUCCUGCCUCCCAGGAGAAGGCACAAUUCCUCAUCCCAACCGAAAGUGAACAUCUGGAAUGGCCCUUGCAGAAUCGACUGAAAUGGAAGAGGAUUUUACCCUCGCUGCUCAAAAAAGCUCAAGAAGCUUUUAACCAACCCAUUCCUGACUUUCCCCAGGACAGCUGGGCCUCCCAGAGCCACAAGUCAGCCCCCACCCUUCCUGGGCCUUUCAUUGGCUCUGAGCACCAGGAGCAGCAGAAGCAAAAUACUCAGAGGACUUUCAUCCCAGAUAGACAGGAGUCAGGCCCUCCCCGCAGAUCCCAGGCAUCAGGGGAACUGAUGCAGACUCAGGGUGAGUUCCUGGGGCUGGGCCAGUUCCAGCCUCCUGUGUUUGCGGCAGGUGGAAGCAGCAGGGAGGUCCUGAAGGUGAGGUCCAGGCGCUCUGAGAGAUUCUCUCAGAAGGGUUCCAUGAGUGUCAAAGAAGACAAGGACCCAAGCAGGGAUCUAGGGCAAGAUCUGGAGAGGGGCCCAGAAGAUUCAUGCACAGGUUCAAGAAAUGCUUCAGUGAAGGUUCUGGAGGAUGAUGAGGAGAAGCCAGAAGAUAAUGACUGGAUUAGGCCCCAGAGGUAUAAAUCAGGAAGUUACCUACUCAGGGGCCCAGAGAAGCCGCAUGCUGAAAAAAACCUGAAGUCCCAUUUGGAGUGGAAGUUGGGGGAGAUCGAGGGCACAGUCCCUGUGCCUGUGCCUGGGUCCCAGCGUACUGCCAGCCAUGCCAUUGUCAAGUCUGACAUCCUCACAAAGCCCAGAUAUCUAGCAUCCCAGGGGGGUUGGAAAUACUGUGUGAACACCUCCCAGGAGAUUUUCUUCCUCGAUCCGUGCAUUCAGCAGAUGCUAGAAGCACAUGUUACAAGGUUUCAGGUGAGGCACAGGUGGGGUUCGAACCUCCAGUCCCUGGAGCCCGUAAAUCUCAAGGCUCAACCCCCACCCUUUGCAUACUCCACCCUUCUCCCCUGGGAGGUCGGUGAAUUUGGGGACAACUCCAUAGCCAAGGUUGCCAAUUUCCUGGAACGUUCCUGGAAAGGCCCAGGAGAGAAGGUGAUAAAAAAACAGUCAGUCCUCACCCUGACUGGUUUUCUCUCUGCCCCAUCACCUGUGGGGGAGGAAGUCCAGAGAGACCUGACAGGGACCCAGUCUGAGGACCACCAUGGGUGCUCAGAGGCCCCUCUGACUGGACAAGAGGGCAGGUGGCCUUCUCAUCCCCUCACUUGCAGCUUCAUGAGCAGAAUGUGGCAUCGCACUACUGUCCUGGGGACCGGGAGAGGCAGCCCAGAGCUGGGUCCAAGUCCAGCAAUGGCCAGGCAUGAGGCAUGGGAGGGGAAAGAGAGCAUGGCCUCAGGAGACCCCUGCAGCAGCACCGCAAUGCUGGCGCUCACCGUCGGGUCCCAGUCUUCAGGGGCCAAGGAGGCCAUGGAGCCAGUGGAGGCUGAGGAGGAGAAGACCCCCGCUUGGAAAGUCACCUUGGGAGCCAGUGUGAUGGCAAAUUCCCAAACUGCUCAUGUAAAUCUCAGUUCAGGAUCUCUGGAGACCAAUAAAAUCUCCCCACUCUCUAGAAUUUCUGGUACUCAGGAUCCAGGAGAGCCACACCUGAAAGCACAGGUUGUCGGUAAGUUUGAGUUCAAAGUGCAGGUAAAGACAGAGAACCAGCUUCAAGGCCCUGCCACCGGCGUCCUCCUCCAAGACUGUGCCUCUGGCCUGAGUUUUCGAGGCCGCCACACCAACAUGCUCCUCCCUGAAGACAUGCUGCCAUCCCAGGCCCCUCUGUCUGAUUCCCAGAAUGUGCCCAGUAGGGAUAUGUCAGCUUCCCAGGGUUUUUGUGACUCUGCAUGGAAGGGAGGCAGCAGCCAGGGGCAGCAGGAGCCCAGAAGCCCAAAAGUCAAGGCCCUGGGGAAGAGUCAGAGCAUGAUGCUUGGCCCUACUGACAAGAGACCCAAACAAGGGCAGCAGGAACAAACACCUACAAGACCAAGAGCCUCCCAAGCCAGUGGGAUAAGGCGCCCUGGCCAGGUCAGGGAAAUAAGAGAAACCCAUGGGAGCAAAUACUCUCAGUUUCUGGGAAAGAAGGAACAGGCACCUCCAGAAAGCCACUCAGGGAGCCCGCAGUGUCUGGACCCCAGUAAAAAAAUCACACGGCAGGAAGCUCCCCUGCAGAAAAACAAGCUUGCAUCGGCCAGAGCCGGGAGCCCGGGGCCAGCCCCAAGAAGACUGUCCAGCAAUGAUGCUGAAGUCCAGGCAGUCAUUACACUUGUUGGACAGAUCCUAGUGGAGAAACUGGGGCGUCGGCAAGGACGUGGUCCCUCAGAGUUCAAUUACCACAAAGAACUCCAGGCCCGAGGGGAUAGGCAGUCCUGCUACCCCAGGGAUCCCUCCCACUCAGAGCAAAAGAAAGCAAUCACAGAUAAGGCCUGCAGUCACCAUGCCACCCCCAUGGGCCACAGCGAUCCUGUCAAGAAUAGGUGGGUCCAAGACAGGGAGAGCAAUUGGGUCUCCCAGCCCAGGGAGCCUAUGGCCCCAGCCAGUCCCUACCAGCCUGGGCAAAGGGUGGCAAGAGCCUUCAGCCACCUUCCCAAUUAGCCAACAUGCUUGUCUGGUCAACCAGAUCAUGCUUCUCAUGCCUUCCAGGUGGGAAAAGUUUUCUUCCAGAAAAAACUGGGGACAUGCAGAGAAAACCUGUUUGCACAACCCCUAUAUGCUAAUGGCUUCUUAUCAAGACAUAUUGCUUCCUAAUAGAUGUGCUUUUUCCCAUCA